AUGCGGGCUUUGUUGUUGACGGCCUUCACGGCACUGGCUGCUGCUGCAACGGCGCUACAUGUCGCAGAAAACCAGACUUACAUCACACUCGCCAACGAUCGCCUCACAGCUGUUCUUCGGAAGAGUGUUGGUCAGAUCGUCGAUCUCACUCUUGAUGGCCAGGACCUGUUGGGUGCACAGUCUGGAUCCACGGGAAUCGGCCCAUAUCUUGACUGUUACUGUAUCCCUUCGGGGUUCUACACACCUGGGGCCACAUCCCCGAGCAUGGAAGUGGUCCAGGGCAUAGACUCAACUGGAACCAAAUAUGGAGGCAUGAUUCUGAGCGACACAUACACUCCAACGGGUCAGCAAUUCCAACAGUACUGGUUCCUGCGCGAUGGCGAGACUGGAUUGCACAUGUUCAGUCGAUUGGCUUACCAUAAUGAAACCACACCUCACCUUCGCAAUUUACAAGAGCUCCGAACCUUGUUUCGUCCUAAUAGUGAUCUCUGGACGCAUCUGACGUCAAGCGAGGUCCAGACUGCACCACUGCCAAGCAAGGACGCCAUUGCGAAGCAGAUUGUUGUCCAAGAUGCAACGUGGACAUUCAACAACACGCCAAGCGAUGCGUACUAUACUCAAUUCUCUGAGUACUUUACUAAAUAUACAUUUUCAAACCAAUGGAGAAACAAUAGUGUUCACGGUCUCUAUGCCGAUGGCAGCACAUCAAACGGGGUAACCUAUGGCGCGUGGCUAGUAAUGAAUACUAAGGUUGGUCAUAUUGCUCCAAUCGUCACUGAGAUUGAAUCCUAUCUAACACAUUUAUCCCAGGAUACAUAUUAUGGUGGUCCACUUCAUUCUGACUUGACCGUGGAUGGUAUCGUUUAUAACUAUAUCGUAUCAAAUCAUCAUGGAGAGGGCACGCCGAAUAUCACAAAUGGAUUUGAUCGAACUUUUGGUCCGCAGUUUUACCUUUUCAACGGCGGCAAGGGCUCGGCAUCUCUCAAGGAAUUGAGAUCGGAGGCAGAAGAAUUAGCAAAUCCUCAGUGGAACGUUGCAUUCUAUGAUUCCAUUGCAAAGCAUGUCGUUGGAUAUGCCCCCUCAAGCCAGCGAGGCAGUAUUAAGGGGACCGUGAAGCUUCCCAAAGGCGCCGUUCGCCCAAUUGCCGUUCUCACUGUCAACGGCCAAUACUUCCAAGAUAAUAGCGCCCUUCCAAACUCCUAUCAGUACUGGACGGAUAUUAACCAAGAUGGAAGCUUCAGCAUUGAUCAUGUUAAAGAAGGGAAAUACCGACUCACUGUCUACGCAGAGGGCAUUUUUGGUGACUUUGUGCGCGACGGAAUCAUCAUACGUGCAGGAAGACAGACUGCACUGCGUGAUACUUGGAAGCAAGAGUCGGCGGGAACGGAGGUCUGGCGAAUUGGAAUUCCCGACAAGUCGUCAGGGGAGUUCCGCCAUGGCAAUGCGAGAGAUUCAACCCAUCCGCUCCGUCCUCCCGAGUAUCAGAUCUAUUGGGGAGCUUAUGACUGGCGUUCUGAUUUCCCUGAUGGUAUCAACUACACUAUUGGUACUAGCGACCCUGCGAGUGAUCUUAACACUGCCCAUUGGUCAGUCUUCGGGCCAACAGCAAAGGAUUCACACGUCGAGUUUGACACAACGUACGACUGGAACAUUCAUUUCACGCUCAGCUCCAAGCAAUUGCGCAAGCGCAAAACAGCCACAUUAACCUUACAACUGGCCGCCGCAAAGACCGCAGCAGGCAACACAGAUGUGUGGAAUCCCGUCGAGCCAUACAAUAAUUUGUCACUAGAAAGCUACAUCAACACUCAGGUAAAUCCCCUGACUCUCGUAGUUGGGUUUAAUCAGUCAAGCAGCUGUAUUGUGCGGUCUGCUGUAAGCUGCUACCAGGUUGGGUCAAGAAUGGAGUUCCCUGCGGAUUGGUUACAUGUCGGAGAGAAUGUGCUACGAUUGCAUUUACCUUACAAUGGAACGGAUACAGAGACUGCUAUUCUCCCCGCUACCGUGUAUGUGCAAUACGAUGCUAUCCGGUUGGAGCUUCAGUGA